ACAACAAUCAAAACGUCAACCUGUCUCUGCAUCUCCACUCUAAAAACGUCUUUUUGUUCGAGAUCAUCCCUUUAUAGUGAAUCAUUCGUUUGGGAAAUUAUUCGAUGUGCCCCAGAGAAUAAUGGGCUUGAGAGAUUAAAACGCCGCAAGAUUCUAAAAUAUUAAAAUUGAGAUAUGACAUUACAAGAGAACGGUAAAAAACUCCUUAUCAUAGGAAACUAUCGAUUUACCGGCCGAUUACUGGGGAAAGGAAACUUUGCUCGGGUCGAAGAGGCAGUUCAUAAUAUUUUAAACGUUAAAGUAGCAGUUAAGAUUAUGAAUGUGAAAGAAAUUAAGGAAGAUUAUGUUAUUAGGAAUCUCUACAGAGAGGCCAAGCUGAUGGCGAAACUAAACCACCCCUGCAUCGCGGCCCUCUACCAAACGAUGCAACGGCCCGACAACGUCUACUAUCUGGUGACGGAGAUGGCCGGGGGCGGCGACCUUUGCACCUUCAUCAAGGCCCAAAAAAAUGGAAAAUUGAGCGAAUCGUCGACGCGGAAUUACGCCAGGCAGUUCGUGUCGGCCCUCGCUCAUAUGCACCACCUGGGCGUAGUACAUAGAGAUUUAAAAAUGGAAAAUGUGAUGUUAAAUCCGGAAAAAACUCAAAUUAAAAUAGUGGAUUUUGGUUUGAGCAAUCAGUACCAUCCGGACGAUUUUUUGCGUACUCACUGCGGUUCGCCAGAAUAUGCUGCUCCGGAAUUAUUUAUUACUGGAAGGAAGUACGGCCCUGAAGUCGACCUGUGGAGUCUUGGAAUCAUACUAUACGGCAUGGUUAUUGGACAGUUGCCUUUUGUUAGUAAUCGGUCCGACCAAGUAUCUUCUCAAGAACGAAGGAAGAAACUCGUGGCUCAAAUAAGCAGAGGAUUGGGAUCGAGUCAUCGUCGAGCUCUGAGUCUGUUUUCAUUGGAGUUUAGAGCUAUGAUGAACAGGAUGCUGGUGGCUGAUACUAAAAAGAGAAUAGGGAUAAAGGAGCUGGUGGUGCAUCCGUGGAUGACAGAAAGAGGCAGAAGGAUAAUAAAAACAAAUCCAAUAAAAACCCUAGAAACGAAAGACCAAGCGAGAAUUAUAUCUGACAUUUGUUGUAUGGUGAAGUUACCUCCCGAGGAAGUAAUAGUUCUCAUCAAAAACGAACCCUUUAACAAAGUGGGAGGAAUUUAUAAUAUCCUAGCGCACAUGUAUUCUCUCAGUCGAUUAGGUGGUGACGGCAUAUCCAGAACGUUGCCAGUGUUAAAUGUGGAAAAUGUUAACGACAAAGCGGAUGUGUACAAUAAAGAAGCGCCAAGGACCUUGCGUAUUUCUCUGACGAGGCUUACGCAGAAAUCGUCAAGGAUUAUGAAGACUAGCAAUACCAAUUUAAUUGGAAUUCCCCUGAGUAAAAGAGAUGAAGUAGCUGGGCAGUCGUCAGCGGUAAAACCAAGACCAAAAACUGUACAAUCGAUAGUAAACAGGGAACAAUUUGUUGAUUAUAGGACGUUAAAGUCACCGACUUUACGACGAAAAGCCUACUCAGCUUCAAUAUCGCCUACCGCGUCCCGACCCUCCACCGUGUCGCCCAUAACGACCAAAGUGGCCAAAACCAUGGACGGACGACCGAAUCAGGACCCCGAAAAAUUAUAUGGAAGGGACAAGUGUCUGACGAAUGCCCUAAACGUUUUGCGGAAGGUGUCCAAAGGAAACAAACCGGAAAAACCGGAAGUCUCCAGGGCCAAGACGGCCACCGAACGAAAACAGCAGAGAAGUAAAUCGGAGAGGCUGAGCACGCCAAUGAACCGACCGGCUACUUCCGCAGUGGCGGGUGUCAGUUUUAGGAGAUCGCUGCAAACUACCACUACAACAAAGAUAACGGAGAAGCAAUCUAGUAGGCCUCAGACAGGUCACAGUACGCGACCGACGGCAUCCAUAGAAAAAUCACCCCUAGCCUUCGGAGAUACGUUGGUUCGGAAUGACUUGCCCAAACCCAACAAAAUAAAGAAACCUGUAAUUUACGAUCCUAUCGCUAGAUGUAUAGCCGGCUACGUGGUAAACAACGUGCCCAUGAAGAAGAUGCCCUUUUGAGGCAAAACGUUGAACUUAACCGUUACCGAAUAUAUUCGCUUUGUAGAGAUUACGAAAAUAAAUUUAUAGCGAGAAU